AUGGGGUCAUGUAGCGGAACAGUGUCGGAAUUCGAGAUUGGAGGUGUUGAGCCAGUAGGUGGCCUUGGUGGAAGUGGUGAAUGGCUUUGCGACACAUUGGAAAGCUCGCUGGAUAUUGGAAUGGAAGCAGAAGAGAAGGAGGGAGAACCGCUGGAGGAUCGCGAUGAAGAAGAUAAUGGCAUCUCUGAACCAGUCAUGUACAGUGCCGCAGAGAUAUUGGAAAUGAAAUUCAACAACCCUGAUGAGGCAUCCCAUUUCUAUGAACAAUAUAGCCGGGCGAAGGGUUUUGCCAUGAGGCAGGGAAAGAAACUGAAAAAUAAGAAGGGGGAAAUAGUUCGGUACACGUAUUUAUGCAACAGAAAAGGUUUCAGAAACAAAAAAUGGCUAGAGAUGCAGGAUCGAAAGCGGGAGCACAAGGUUGUCACGCGAUGUGGGUGUUUGGCGGAGAUGAGGAUAAAGCCAAAAGGUGAUAGCGGGAUUUGGUAUGUUUCACGCUUUGUAGAUGAUCAUAACCACGAUCUUCUACCUGCAAAGUUUGUGCCGUACCUGCCUUCGUACUGGAAGAUUUCUGAUGUCGAUCUAGCCCAUAUGAACAGCUUGAGGCAAGUUGGGAUUUCUAUUCCAAAAAUAUAUGAGUCAAUUGCUGCGUAA